AUGUCCGAACUAGCCGGUGCCGGGAACCAAGGUCUGAAUAUAGUCGCCGCCUAUGCAAAAGGACGGGAUGGAUUCAAGCAACAGUCAGCGCGCACCACUCCGCAAGCAAGGCGACUUGCAUUCGAGUCAAAGAAACCGACCGAGCAUCUACCAGCGGCUCGUGUCAAGCGACUAUCCCGCUCAGCUCCACUGUCACUCUUUAUUGAAGCCUUAGAACAGGAUGGCUGUGUGAUUAUCAAGGAUUUUACGGAUGAGGCCACGUUGAGGCAAGCAGAUGAAGAAGUCAGACCUUUCCUGGGAGACGAGGACGAAGGCGCAGUAGUUGGUGCCUUGCAAGGCAAGACCAAGACAGUAACACGGCUCAUUGGCCGGAGUCCAACCGUGCGUGAAAAGUUCUUCGCCGACCCGAUCUACCAAAACCUCUGCGAGCGUUUCCUGGCACUGAAUACAACGCACUGGUACGGAGAUAAACCCUUGACGACGACCAGCCAUCCACUGCUGUCAAUCUCAAUUACCUUUGACAUCCCACCUGGAACAUCCGCUCAAGGCCUCCAUCGGGACGACAAGAACCAUCACGCACGUCACACCAGAGUAAAGUCCUACGAAAAUGGUCGAGACAUGCUGCUGGGCCUGUUUGUACCAGCGUGCAACACAUCAAAAGCGAAUGGCGCCACAAGAGUUGUGCCAGGUAGCCACCUAUGGGGUGACGAUAUGCCAGACUUUGGUGCCGACGGUAGCCAAGGCGUAGUAGAUGCUGAGAUGCAGAUGGGUGAAGCAUUCAUCAUGUUGGGCUCACUAUACCACGGUGGCGGCGCAUACGACAAGCCGCUAGGCACUGCGAAGGAAGGGCAACGAGAAAGCAGGACCGUCCAUGCCAUGUUUUCAUGCACCGGAGUGCAUAGACAGGAAGAAAUUUCAUUCUUGUCCUACCCGAUUGAGGAGGUGAAGACCUAUUCGAAAAUUGUGCAAGAACGCCUUGGCUGGAAGCAGAGUGAGCCAAACCUGGGCUGGGUGGACCUGAAGAGCCCAGAAUUUCUCCUGACGACCUGA